AUGGCCCCACGAAAUGAGAAGAGCUCUCUAAAGCGCACCAGGUCGUAUCUACCUACCCCUCUCACAAACAACAAUGACUCUACAGCAACGGACAUUCGGUUGGAGGCAACGGCUACUCCUCCGGGCAAUUACAGCCAAGCCCGUCACCAGACUCCGUUAAGUUCGGAGCCUCAUCAGUCACUCUCAUCUCCUCCUGGUGAUACACAGGCUCUGUCGCAAUUCGUAUACCCUCCCAGAGCGUUUGCAGAUGAGGUUGAGGAUGAGGCUGUGGAAGGGGUCUGGGGGUAUCUCAUCCCACUUGACGACAAGGUCCGAAACGCUCUUGUGCUCCGAAAGCGCGAUGGCUGUGAAAGCAAAUCCAAUAGCCCCAAGUCAAAGUCCAAAAAGAUUUCACAAAAGCAGAGCAAAGACUCCACAACUAAACCGACUCCGGGUCGCACCCCUGGGGGUUAUCUGGUUGGAAGACAUCCAGAGUGUGAUCUGGGGAUUGAUAUUCCCACCGUGUCUAACCGUCACUUUCUGUUAUUUCCUGAAAAUAGACGAGGUGACACCGUAGCAAUUCUGGAAGACUUGUCCAGUAACGGCACCUUCGUGAACGAUGCUCUUGUUGGUCGAAAUAAACAUCGCGAGCUUGAAGACGGCGACGAGGUGACGAUCUUAGACGAGGUGCGGUUUGUUUUCAGGUACCCCCGAACAAGGGACACAAAUGGCUUCCGUCAGCAGUAUCGAAUCUCGCGGCAACUCGGCAAAGGCCACUUUGCAACAGUCUACCUCUGUGUGGAGCGCGCCACUGGAACUCAGUAUGCUGUGAAGGUGUUUGAAAAGCGCCCUGGCGACUCACAAAAAUCCCAAAAUGACUCUUUGAUGCAAGAAGUUGGUCUUCUCAUGGGAGUCAGCCACCCGAACUUGCUCUGUCUCAAAGACACCUUCGACGAAAGUGACGGUGUAUAUCUCGUGCUGGAGCUCGCUCCCGAGGGCGAACUCUUCAAUCUGAUUAUUAGCAAACAGAAGUUUUCAGAAAACGAAACUCGCCAUAUUUUCCUCCAACUAUUUGAAGGCUUGAAAUAUUUACAUGACCGUGGAAUUGUUCACCGAGAUAUCAAACCCGAGAAUAUUCUCGUUGCCGAUAAUAAGUUGACUGUGAAGCUUGGUGACUUUGGAUUGGCUAAAAUUAUCGGGGAAGAUUCAUUCACCACCACACUCUGUGGCACACCAAGCUAUGUUGCCCCCGAGAUCCUUCAAGAAUCCUGCCGACGCAAGUAUACCAAAGCUGUCGAUAUUUGGUCACUUGGUGUUGUACUCUACAUAUGUCUCUGUGGAUUCCCCCCUUUCUCGGACGAGCUCUACACGUCUGAGAACCCUUACACUUUAGCACAACAGAUUAAAGCAGGGCGUUUUGACUAUCCAUCUCCCUAUUGGGAUUCCGUGGGCGAUCCAGCCUUGGAUCUCAUUGACAGGAUGCUUACAGUUGAUGUCGAUAAAAGAAUCACAGUGGACGAGUGCCUUGAACACCCCUGGCUCACGGGCAAUUACCCAAGUGUUGCUGACAGCACAGACGGCCUCACGGGCGCCUUGGGGAAGCUAGACUUCUCAAGGAGGAAGAUUCCACGGGAACGCACACUUCUCAGCAGUAUCAAUGAUGUCCCUUUUAGCGAGAACAAGAACCCAGCCACUAGUGGUGCUCCUGUGAAAGUCUUCCAUAAGAAUCCUGCCGCAAAGCGCAUGCACAACAAUCCCAACAAGGCCAGCCAACAGCAGGAAGACACCCCUAACCAAAACAGUGGCCCGAAGGAGUUUGUCAAUCUCGGGGAGCGUGGUGAUCCGGUCUUAUUUGAGGAAGACCCGACUACCCGGUACAAGUAUUCCCCCUGCUUCGUUCCAGUUAUGGGUCUCGUCUCCGUUGUUCUCGAGAGCGUCUGUGAGCGCUGCUCGACAUUGUCAUCUUUAACACUUGUUGGUCUGGGUCUACUGUGCUUCGUUGCUCUUUCAGUCGUUGUGAACGUCCUGCGACAGGUUCUGUUCAAGAACCCCAACGAACCCCCUGUUGUCUUCCAUUGGUUCCCCUUCAUCGGUAGCACCAUUAGCUAUGGAAUUGACCCAUACAAGUUCUUCUUCACGUGUCGCGCAAAGUAUGGAGAUAUCUUCACCUUCAUCCUCCUCGGCAAAAAGACAACAGUGUACCUUGGCACCAAGGGCAACGAUUUUAUCCUCAAUGGAAAGCUGAAGGACGUCUGCGCUGAAGAGGUCUAUUCACCUCUGACAACCCCUGUGUUUGGACGGCAUGUCGUUUAUGACUGCCCCAAUGCGAAACUCAUGGAGCAAAAGAAGUUUGUGAAAUUUGGCCUUACAUCCGAAGCUCUACGCUCAUACGUCCGUCUCAUCACCGAUGAAGUGGAAGAUUUCGUUAAGAAGUCACCAGCCUUCCAGGGACAAGAGGGUGUCUUUGACGUCGGCAAAACAAUUGCUGAGAUUACCAUUUACACUGCCUCACGCUCUCUUCAAGGCAAGGAAGUUCGCAGCAAGUUCGACUCUACCUUCGCAGAAUUGUAUCACAAUCUGGAUAUGGGCUUUGCUCCGAUCAACUUCAUGCUCCCAUACGCUCCCCUUCCCCACAACCAGAAGCGUGACGCCGCCCAGAAAAAACUGACCGAGACUUACACGGAAAUUAUCAAAGCGCGCCGCGAGGCCGGUGGUGAGAAAGACUCUGAAGACAUGGUCUGGAAUCUUAUGUCCUGCAUUUACAAGAACGGCACUCCGAUCCCUGAUGAAGAAAUUGCCCACAUGAUGAUUGCUCUCCUGAUGGCUGGCCAACACUCCUCUUCGUCCACCGAGUCAUGGAUUCUUCUGCACCUUGCGAGAAACCCUGAGAUUGUCGAGGAGCUUUAUCAGGAGCAGGUUCAGGUUCUCGGUGCUGAUUUGCCCCCUCUGACCUAUGAGACUCUCCAGAAGCUGGAUCUCCAAUCCAAAAUUAUCAAGGAGACUCUGCGCAUCCAUGCCCCUAUUCACUCGAUCAUCAGAGCGGUCAAGAACCCAAUGCCUGUAGCUGGUACCUCUUAUGUGAUUCCUACUUCGCAUAAUGUUCUUUCCUCGCCAGGUGUCACCGCAAGGUCCGAGGACUUCUUCCCCAACCCUCUCAAGUGGGAUCCCCACCGCUGGGACGGAAACACCAUUGCCAACACUGCGGAUGAUGACGAGAAGAUUGACUACGGUUACGGUCUUGUCAGCAAGGGCACCAACAGUCCUUAUCUUCCCUUCGGUGCUGGACGGCACAGGUGUAUCGGUGAGCAAUUUGCUUACGUCCAGCUCGGUGCAGUUACAGCAGCCCUCGUGAGACUUUUCAAGUUCAGCACUAUCCCUGGCAGCGAGGAAGUUCCAGCCACAGACUACUCGCCUGCCGGUAAAUCUUUUGUGAAAUUUGAGAAACGCCAGCGUGAUACCAAAGCGUGA